AUGGUCUUGUUCACGGUGGGAGAUUAUCUUGCCGAAAGGCUCUCCCAAAUUGGGAUUCGCCAUCAUUUCAUCGUCCCAGGUGACUACAAUCUCGUCCUGCUCGAUAAACUCGAGGCGCAUCCAGCAUUAACCGAGAUUGGUUGCACAAACGAACUAAAUUGCUCUCUGGCUGCUGAAGGCUAUGCACGCGCUUGUGGUGUUGGUGUUUGCGUUGUUACCUACAGUGUAGGCGCCUUCUCAGCCCUCAAUGGAAUCGGCAGCGCGUAUGCAGAGAACCUCCCUGUUAUCUUAGUCAGUGGUGCACCUAACACGAAUGAUAUGGAUCAACAUCUACUACACCAUACGCUCGGGGAUCAUGACUUUAGCUACCAGUUUGAGAUGGCUAAGAGGGUCACUUGCUGCGCCGUAGCCAUCCGUCGGGCUGCCCAAGCCCCGGAGUUGAUCGAUCGAGCUAUCCGAACCGCGCUUUUGAAACGGAAGCCAGCGUAUAUCGAAGUGCCGACGAACUUAUCCAGAGAGGCAUGUGCUCGGCCUGGACCUGCCAGUGCUAUUGCUGAGCCGAAUCUGAGUGAUGGGCCAGCUCUUGACUCUGCUGUUAUUGCCGCCUCUGAGUUCCUCUGUGCGAAGCAGAAGCAAGUUAUUCUUGUCGGGCCAAAAGUGCGAAGAGCCGGCGCGCAGAAGGCUCUGCUCCGGCUAGCAGAAGCCAUCGGAUGCGCCGUGGUUCUUCAACCAGCAGCAAAGGGCUCUUUCCCCGAGGACCACCCCCAGUUCGCAGGAAUCUUUUGGGGCCAGGUCAGCACGCUCGCAGCCGACACUAUUGUCAAUUGGGCUGAUGUCCUCAUCUGCAUCGGCACUGUGUUUACAGAUUACAGUACAGUUGGCUGGACAGCUUUGCCCAAUGUUCCGCAAUUAGUCGCGGAUAUAGACAGCGUGACCCUGGCUCAUCCAAAUAUAUAUUUCAGUCGUGUUCAGUUGCACGAUUUUCUGUCCAGGCUAGCUGAAGCAGCCAGCUGGAAUAGCAGCACGAUGACUGAGUAUACCCGACUUCGUCCUGACCCUUCCCUAGGACACGCUUCUCGCGGACAGGAGAAGUUAACUAGAAAGGAGGUCGCUCGACAGACGCAAUUGCUCUUGACUCCAGAGACGACGGUGUUCACUGACACUGGCGAUUCAUGGUUUAAUGGAAUUCAACUAUGCCUUCCACGUGGAGCCGAGUUUGAGAUUGAGAUGCAAUGGGGCCAUAUUGGAUGGACUAUCCCAGCUUCAUUUGGUUACGCUCUUGCAAAACCAGAGAGGAGAACCAUUGUCAUGGUGGGGGAUGGUGCGUUCCAGAUGACUGCCCAGGAAGUUUCGCAGAUGGUACGAUACCGCAUUCCCAUUAUUAUUCUUUUAUUAAACAACAGAGGCUACACAAUUGAGGUGGAAAUUCAUGAUGGCCUGUAUAAUCGUAUUCAAAAUUGGGAUUAUGCGCUUCUAGUCCAGGCAUUCAGUUCUAAAGAGGAAGGAGGACGUGCUCUUGGUCUUGAGGCUCAUACCGCGGAGGAGAUUUCUGGAGCGCUCGAGAGAGCUAUGGCACACAAAGAUGGACCAACGCUUAUCGAGUGUAACAUCCAUCCAGAUGACUGCAGUAGAGAGCUGAUUACUUGGGGACAUUUUGUUGCGGCGGCUAACUCCCGUGUCUCUGCUAAAGACUGA